AUGACACUGCUGGACCCAACGACAAGCAGCAAAUCGUAUGGGACGGUAAAUAUUGCCCAUCAGAUGGGGGAUCGAGAAAAUGACCGCUUGCUUCUACCUCAAUCGGUCUACGAACCGGAUGACGGUGAUGCCAUCACCGAAGAGGCCGCUUCCGAAACCGAGCUCCAAGAUGGAGUUCGCAUGAUUGAGGCCAUUAACCUUACCUGGACAGUUCGGUCCUUGGCCAUUGCAUACAUAGGGAUCUUUCUCAUGGCCUUUUGUACUUCUCUUGAAGGCCAGACCAUAUCCUCACUGGCCGUCUAUGCGACGAGUUCGUUCAGCAAGCAUUCUUUGAUAUCGACAGUUUUGGUGGUGCAGAAUGUAGUUAAUGCCGUGAUCAAACCUCCCAUGGCCAAAGUGGCCAAUGUCUUCGGCCGCUUCGAAGCAUUCUGUAUCAGUAUAACGGUAUAUGUGCUUGGGUACAUUCAGAUGGCGGCUUCCAACAAUGUCCAGACCUAUGCGUCCGCCCAGAUCUUCUAUUCUGCCGGAUCCACCGGACUUCAGAUUCUCCAGCAAGUUUUCAUCGCAGAUAGCAGUGACCUCAUGAAUCGGGCCCUGUUUUCUAUUCUACCGGCGCUGCCUUUCCUAGUGACCGUCUGGAUCGGGCCGAUAAUUGCCAGUGCCAUUCUCCAGCGAACUUCGUGGCGAUGGGGUUACGGGAUGUGGGCGAUUCUUCUUCCAGCUGCUUUUCUUCCCUUGGCGCUGUCGUUGCUAUUCCAUCAACGCAAAGCGAAAAGACUGCGACUGAUAAAACCAAGGACUCGCAAGCAUCGCAAGCUCGUCGAUGUCUUGAUUUCCACUUGGCAUGAAUUGGACGUGUUCGGGUUGAUUCUUCUCUCCGCAGCUUUGUCACUCCUGUUGAUUCCGCUUACCCUAGCCGCCAAUUCACCGAACGGCUGGCAGAAUGACGGGAUUGUGGUUAUGAUGGUUAUUGGAAGUCUUUGCCUCAUUGCCUUUCCCGCCUGGGAGUCUUCAAAACGGUUCGCUCCUAAGCCUCUGCUUUCGCUGCAUCUUCUUACUGAAAGGACUGCAUUGGCCGGCUGUGCGCUGGCUUUCUUUUAUUUCAUGGCCUUUUACUUUUCAGUUCAACCGUACUUGUAUUCUUACUUGCUAGUUGUUCAAGAUUACGAAGUCGCUGCUGCUGGCCGCGUUACACAGACAUUUGCCUUUACCUCAACCAUUGCUGCUUUUGGUGCCUCUCUCCUCAUUAAGUAUACGCGUCGUUAUAGGAUUUUUGUUGUCAUUGGCGGCGUUAUCUACAUAUCCGGUUUACUUGCGAUGUUGCUCUACCGUCAAGAGGGUAGCUCGGCGGUUAAGAUUUUGGGGACACAGAUUUUGGUCGGUUUUGGAGGAGGCUUGAUAAAUGUUCCAGUACAGCUUGGCGUGCAAGCAUCGGCUGACCACCAAGAGGUAGCUGGUGCAACCGCAAUGUUUCUUACUGCUCUCGAAAUGGGUGGUGCAGUUGGGGCGGCUAUUUCAGGAGCUGUUUGGACGAGAAAGAUACCACAGAAGUUAGCGGAGUACUUGCCACCGGAGAGCCAGGGCGACGCGGCGGAAAUCUUUGGCAAAUUGACCAAAGCUCGAUCGUAUCCCAUGGGCUCGCCGACACGACUUGCCAUCAACCAAGCUUAUCAGGAGACGAUGAACAAUCUUCUGUGGCUCGCGAUUCUAGUAUCAUUGCCUAUCAUCCCGUUGAGUUUGGCGAUGAGAAACUACAGGCUCGACCAGGUAAAGAGACGAGGUGCUCGAUCUGACUGA